AUGGACACCGUUGCCGCCUGGCAGCAGUUUGAGGGGCAAGAGUACAUGACGGUGUGGCCGGAGGAGCAGGAGUACCGGACGGUGUGGUCGGAGCCGCCCAAACGGCGGGCCGGGCGGAUCAAGUUGCAGGAGACGCGCCACCCGGUGUACCGCGGCGUGCGCCGCCGUGGCAGGGAAGGGCAGUGGGUGUGCGAGCUGCGCGUCCCCGUAAGCCGGGGUUACUCCAGGCUCUGGCUCGGCACCUUCGCCACCGCCGAGAUGGCGGCUCGCGCGCACGAUUCCGCCGCGCUCGCGCUCUCCGGCCACGAUGCCUGCCUCAACUUCGCCGACUCCGCCUGGCGGAUGAUGCCCGUCCACGCGACCGGGUCGUUCAGGUUCGCUCCCGCGCAAGAGAUCAAGGACGCCGUCGCCGUCGCCCUCGAGGCAUUCCAGGAGCAGCACCAUGCCGACGCGUCCACGACGGAGGCGAGCGCGCCCUCCAUCACCUCAAGUGACUUAUCGGGGCUGGACGACGAGCUCUUGAUUGAUGGCAUGGACGCGGGGUCGUACUACGCGAGCUUGGCGCAGGGGAUGCUCAUGGAGCCACCGGCCGCCGGUGCAUGGCGGGAGGACCACGAACACGACGACGGCUUCGACACGCCGACGUCGCUGUGGAGCUACUAG